CCACCUCAGUGUGCGAUGGGUGCCCAUCAUAUCAGGCUUAACUACAUAUGCCGUUAUGUCCUGACAGACCAUAUUUGCGAUACUGGUGACACACGUAAGGGGACUGUUGCAUUUCAUGUUAACUUCUUUUCCACGACAAAUAAUCUCUGUGGCGUGCUGACAACCUUUCACAGGCCUCUUGAUGACUUUCGCUGAUUCCGGAAACAAGAGAGUGACCGUCACGGGUCCAACCGGUCUGCUACACUUCUUGGCCUCGAGGCGCAUGGCCGUUAUGCGCUCAAGCAUGGAGUUGAAGCACACGGAGGUGCCCUCAUCGACUGUUGAAGAUGCGACGCCGGCCCCGGUGUUUGUUGACGAUCGCAUCACGGUCUACGCCUUCCCUAUCCAUGCCGAACACGCGACUACCGAGCCUACGGAUGAGAAAUCGCCUUCCGAGGCAGGGCCGUCCAUUCCUGCGAAACGCAAGCGAUCGUCGUCGCCUGCCGGCCCUUCCAAGCGACCACCUACGAAAGCAGCGUCAGAUCACGAAUUGGACGAGUCCGUCGCGACUGCGGAGGACGCCAUUCAUCCGGACGAGGCAGAGGCCGCGGCGGAUACGGACACACCCGACUACAACACUCUGUGCGACACAGAUCCGCAAAAGUGGCGCACACUCAUAGUGAACAGCAUGUUCCCGUUGCAAGGCCCGGAGCUCACACCAGAGGAGGAGUUUGCAAUCCGCAAGCGAACGCGCCGGGAGCAAAAAAUGCGAGAGAACUACUUGCGUGCAGGGUUACCCAUACCCCCUGCGCUCCGACAGCCCUCGACGGCGCCUAGCUCUCAACCAAAAUUCACUGCCAUACGUUCAGACCGAGGGCGGCGGCUCCCCCGCUUCACAUACGGACCGGAAGGGAGGGCCACGCUAUGUUAUGUGCUUGUUGGGCCCACUGGAAGAGGACACUUCGACAGAGAAAAGGCAGAGCUACUCCAGGUACCCAGGGGACCUGAGCGGGCGCGACUUACCAAGGGAGAGACGGUGAAGUUCAUGGUAGAUGACGGUGCUGGCAAUAAGAUCGAGCGUACUGUCACGCCCGAGGAAUGCAUGGGACCUCCUGAGAUACCACGGGCCAUGGUAUUGCUCGACGUCCCAACUCCUUCGCAUAUCCCAGAUGUGGUCAAGUCAUUCACACAGAAUCCGUUCUACUCCGAGUUCCACUCGAACCCGGCCACGGACCCUCGGGAACCAGUAGUACAUGUUGUAUACCAUCUUUGCGGCAAAGGUGUCCUGGAGGAUGAACGCUACAAGGCCUUCAUGAGAGGCUUCCCCGAAGACACACAUCAAGUUGUAUCGUCGCGAGAACACGGAGACGAUCGAGUAGUCUUCUCUCGGGCGGCGUAUAACCAGCUGCGACUGGGUCUACUUGAUCCCGACAUGUUUCCGCUUCCGACACAUAGGCCAGGCCCUCGCCGUGAUCUGUCAUCUAUUCCCGGUCUUCCUGCCCGCGUCGAACAUUUGCGCCACAGCUGCCAUGUUGAGCUGAGGCCUGCUAGGGAGCCUUGUAUCGAUCCUUUCGCCAAACCCGAUUUCUUCACUCCUGUCAUAGAGGCAGGGGCAGGAACCUGGGUCCCCGAAGAUGUUCACCGCGCUUUCCUCAAGGCGAAAAAGAAGAUAUCCAAAGUGAAGGAAGUUGGACGAGAGCCGCGGUCCGGCGACAACGUUGAGAUCGUACCCUUAGGGACCUGUAGCGCCCUAGCCAGCCUGUAUCGCAAUGCGUCAAGUACGCUUGUCCGAAUUCCAGGACACGGCAGUAUUCUGCUGGAUGCGGGCGAGGGCACAUGGGGUCAGCUCGCCCGUUUAUAUGGCGACGACGGUCAGGACACCGUCACAGGGGUAUGGGAGGUUUUAAGGGACCUUCGUUGCAUUUUUGCUAGUCACAUGCACGGUGAUCAUCAUUUGGGGCUUAGCAAGAUCCUUGCCAUGCGCAAACUUCUUGAUCCAGCGCCGACCCAGCCACUUUACUUCAUUGGCCUUCCCUCACACAUAAUAUACCUUGAAGAACAUUCCGAGCUGGAAGACCUCGGCUUGAACCAGGCAGAUGGUAACGGCGUCAUUGCGAUCUCAGGAAACCAUCUUCGUUGGAAUCCAAAGAAUAGCAAAGAACAGCAGCGCAGAGACAUUCCCGAACAUAUUUUGUUGCGAAGGCAGGAAAAGACUCAGCAAGAUGUUGAAAAUAUGUACAAUGCUCUCGGUUUGAAGUGCUUCACCACCGUGGACGUUGCACACAGGACGAAAUGUUACGGCACCGUCAUCGAGCAUCGUGAUGGUUGGCGUAUCGUAUUUUCCGCCGACACUAUGCCCUCAAAUAAAUUGGUUGAAGCAGGGCAAAACGCUACCUUACUAAUCCAUGAGGCCACGAUGGCCGACGACCAGGAAGAAAUGGCUCAUGAUAAAGCCCACAGCACGUUUAGUCAAGCCAUGAAGGUUGCAUCCGACAUGCAAGCAGAAAACAUCCUCCUCACUCAUUUCUCCGCUCGUUACCCAAGGAUGCCUCCUACUACGUCUCUGCCCGACAGCCCACGAGCUAGCCCAUCGCCCGGUCCGCAUCUUGGCCUGGCGUUCGAUCAAACGCGGUUCACCAUAGGUGAUAUGUGGAAGAUGAAGUUCUACUUGCGCGCUAUCGAGCUGAACAUGGGUGACGUAGCGCAGGAUGACGACGAAGACACUAUGAUCUCGUCAUGGGACUGAUGCUGCACUACUGUACAUACAGCCCUUAAUACACC